UAUUUCCACUAGCUUCAGACAAAACAACGAACUUAGAUCUUAUUCCGUGCUAUAUGAAACAGAGAGGACUUGCAUGAUAAACAUGCGGAGGAGAAUUAUUUACGGAAUGUUUUGGUACCUUUUGAUGACAAUUGGUGUCGCAUCGAUUUCGCCUCAGGCAGAAGGAUCAAACACGUGUGUAUUUAUUUCAAAUCACCAAUGGAUAGAAAGUCAAGCCCAUCAGAAAUUGCACGCUAUGAAUUCGACCCAGUGCACGACGUCAGAUAUUUCGUUGCCGGUAGCCACUUGCGAAUCGGCAAAGAAUGGUCAUGUAUUUGGGAAACUAGAGUGCUUCUGUGCCGGCAAUGACCAGUUCAUGCAAUGCAACCGCACACAGGUUCCGCUUUGUUGCAAAUAUGAUAAUGUAGUUUGUCUUAAUGGUGGAAAACUCAAGAAAACGGAAUCGGACUGUAACGCUAAACCAAAGCCUAUAUACAAGUGCGAAUGCCCACCAGUACUGGAUGGAGGGGGUUACUAUCAGGGAGAACGGUGCGAAAAUAUUCCUGUAAUUAGGGAGUGCGUAUAUAAGGACAGCGUCAACGUCAACGACAAUCUAAACAGCUGUGAUUUUGAAGAUGACGUCAAUCGCACGUGCAUCCACAGCUCCAUUGACACAGUCUAUGAGUGCGGACCCGCACGCCAAAACGUCGAUGGAAUGAAAUACAAGAAGUGUGAACGACGAUACAACAGCAUAAAGGCACCCUCGUAUGUGUGUGGUACACCCGAGUGUAAUUCAGGCGAAAACACAGGUUACCUAACAGCUCUAGUGAGUGUGUCAUUCUUUUGCAGUGUGGCCUUUAAAAAAUUGGGUUCAUGGUAAUUUGCUAUCACCGUUCACGGAACAAAAAUCAUUCCAGAUCUCAGAGGCGUUUACAAGACAAUUAUUUCCAAGAGGAGGAGAACGGUGUUGACGACAAGAUAGAUGAAGACAGUGAAACGGAUGUUGAAGAGGUGAAUCAAGAGCGGAAACCAUUUCUUAGUCGUUCAAAAAGUACGCCAUAAAAUAUGUUUUCAUAUACGCGUUCUUGGAAGACGGUGCUAGAUGACAUUUGUCUGUUUUUGGUCUGGCAUCUAAAGCAAAGUUGGAAUCGGAAUUAAUUCUCGAGGUUUGAUUUUAUGAAACAGCGGUAGAGUAGAACAAACAUAAAAAUCAAAUGUAAUGCUUUGAAUUAUGAUUCUUAAAAACAGACAGUUUGACACUGAACUGAAAUAUAAAAAUAUUCAAUAAUGGACAGAGAAAAAAAACUAGCAUUUUCAAGGCAUUUUUUUACUUUCGUGAAAAGAAUGAAAGAUCGUUAUAGUUCAGACGCCCGGGAGAUGCAUAUUCCCACCACUUUGUAUGGCAUUAAAUGCUAAGCAUUAACAUUGGUACGGGGGCAUUUCUUCCUCUGUGACAGUAUGUAUAUUGAUUUAGCCUUCUAAUGGGAUAAACAAACUAAAGGAAGUCCAGUAAUACGUACUUAACUCCCUGUGUACCAUGAUACAAUAUCAAAACUGCUGUUUAGAGUACUUAUUCAAGGAAAUUGAUGGCUCCUUGGCUGAUCGUCAUCUUCUUUUAAGCAUCAGCGCGUGUGCCAUGGUGCUAGUGUCGAGUGUAGAAUUUGUUAAUGACUAUGCAAGGACCAGUGCGUGGAUUGGACUGUUACAGUUUCUUAAUAUUCAUCUUCAACCUAGUAUCAACACGUGUUGUUCUGUUGUUCUGUGAGGGCGCAUUCGUCUUCAUUCAAAAUCGAUUGGUAUAUGUGCAUCAUUUAGGUUGAUAGGUCAGUGAGGACACCUUCAUCUUUAUUCAAGAAUCGUGGAUCAUUUACAAUCCAGUAUCGGUCGGUACAUCAUAUACGUAGUUAGUUCAGAGGGGGUACCUUCAUUUUUAAUCCAACAUCGGUUUAAAUAUGUUUAAAUGUGUUCGGCCCAUUUUGAGCCAAGUUGCCUUCUAUUACAUGAUUGAAAAAGUCUAGUUUUAAUAUCAAAAUAUGAUUUGUUUAAUUGUUGAUGAAUAACUUAGGAUUAUAAAAAUAAAAUACAAUGAUUGUUUUUUUCUUUUAAUAUUGUAUAAAUUUAUAAUAUCUAAAUAAUGUCACUGAAUAAGAACCUUUUGACUGUAUAUACGGCAGUAAACAAGCCCUCACAUAAGUGAUGAUACAAUCCUUUUUUUGCCCAGUGUUAAAGAGAUAUGGCGGGUUGCUAUGCCUAUUUACCCAAGGCUAUGUUACG